CUUAGAUAUAUAUUUAUGAUUGUGCUGUUUGAUUUUAUGGCAGUUAACAUUGUGUGUGAUUAAGGAAGAGAACAAAGAAAAACAUGUAACAAUUAAAACUAUACAGUACAGAGCUCAAGUUGGGUUGUAUUUUUAUGAAGUUUCCUAAAUUUCAGAAAAUGACACCCAUUAUAAUUGUUCAUGGUGGAGCUGGUGACAUACCAGAAAGCAGAGUCCAAGGCAAAUUAAUUGGAACAAAAGCUGCUGUUAUUAUUGGACAUGAAACACUUCUUAAGGGUGGUAGUGCAUUGGCUGCAGUAGAAGCUGCUGUUGUUGCAUUGGAAAAUGAUGAAAAUUUUAAUGCUGGUUAUGGUUCUGUUCUUAAUCUUGAUGGGGAAGUGGAAAUGGAAGCAAGCAUUAUGAGUGGCAUAAAACUAGAUGUCGGAGCAGUUACUCUUCUCAAAGACUUUUCAAAUCCUAUAAGUAUUGCACAUAAAGUUUUGACAGAUUCACCCCAUUCUUUGUUAGGUGGGGAAGGAGCAAAAAGAUUUGCUUUAGAAAAAGGAUUUCCAACUGUGCCACCAGAUAGUCUAGUAAGUGAAAAUGCUAGAAAUGCCCUGAAGAGCUUUUUAAAACAUGGAGAAUUUGGAAAAACGGAAAUUGGUGCAAUUGAUGAGGGUGGUGUUGGUACUGUUGGAGCUGUUGCAGUGGAUUCAAAUGGCCAUAUAGCAGUUGCUACUAGUACUGGCGGCAUGAGUGGAAAAGCUGUCGGAAGGAUUGGUGAUACACCUCAGAUAGGAAGUGGAACUUAUGCUGAUGACAAUAUUGGUGGAGUUUCUACAACAGGACACGGUGAAUCAAUAUUGAAAUAUUGUUUAGCUCACACUAUUGUGAAACUUAUGGAAAGAGGUAUAGAUGCCAGCACUGCUACAAAGGAUGCUGUUAUCGGUAUGACACGACGAUUGAACAACACUGCCGGUGCUAUAACACUUUCGAGAAAUGGUGAUGUAGGCGUUUAUUUUAGCUCUAAACGUAUGUCUUGGGCAUACAUAAAAGAUAAUUCAAUUUUCUAUGGCAUAGAACAAGAUGAAGUCCUGAAAGAAAUGUAUUCUUCUGAAAAUAAGAACCAAUAAUAGUAUGUAGUGGCCUAACUUACUUCGUUUUGCUGUAAAUAUAAAAAAAAAAAUUGUACAAUUUGUAUUUUUUGUGGAAUAUUACUGUAAAUGUGUUAAGUUUGUUACGAAAUCUUAUUGUACUGGUUUUUU